GAGUAAUGCUUUUAAGCCAUCGCAUUCUCUCCUUUUGCAUCUUCCUAUCCUUUCCAACUAAAAAAAACAAGAAAAUGUAUUAUUCCAGCAAAAUCUCCCUUGCUCUCGUGGGCUUCUUCUUCCUUGGCUUCGGCACCACCACGGCGACGGCGGCCGCUUGCAGCAACGAACCACUAAUAUUCAACUUCGGAGACUCCAACAGCGACACCGGUGGCGCUUCCGUUCUUGCAGGGGGGGAGCUCGAGUUCCCGGAGGGGCGAACAUUCUUUCACGAGCCAACCGGCCGUGCAAGCGAUGGUCGCCUCAUCCUCGACUUUUUAUGCGAGAGUCUGGAGACGAAGUUCUUGACCCCGUAUCUGGAGCUCUUCUUUCCCGACUUCUCAAACGGCGUCAACUUCGCCUUGGGCGGCGCCGACUCUCGCCUGGCAAGAACCGACCUCAAAGCAGUUGCGUACACGCUGGGGAACGAAAUCGCCGAAUUCAGUCGGUUUCGAAACGUCUCCGUUCGCCGCGGCUCUCUUGAUGCAGGGCAGGUGAAAUCUGCUCUCUUCAUGUUGGAUAUCGGCCAAAACGAUAUCCAAUUCGACAGCAAUACCCUAACUCCCCAACAAGUGCUCGAAAGAGUCCCCAGAAUCGUCUCCAACAUUGGGGAGGCUAUGCAGAAGCUAUACCAGCUGGGUGGGAGAAAUUUCUGGGUGCACAACACGGGGCCGUUGGGCUGUUUGCCUUUCAACGUAGCCCGCAUAAAUGCAUCCACGGUGGUCGACGAGUACGGCUGCGUUUCCGACAGGAACAAAGCAGCUGCCGCGUUCAACUCCGAGCUUGCGCGUCUCUGUCAGGAGCUGCGGUCGGAGAUGGGGGACGCCACCAUCGUCUACGUUGACAUCUACUCCAUCAAGUUGGACUUGAUCGUCAACGCGACGUCGUAUGGGUUCGAGAAUCCAUUCGUGCAGUGCAAGCGGGAGAGGGUGUGCCCGGAGGGGUCGCGGUAUGUGUACUGGGAUGGAUUUCAUUACACAGAGGCGGCUAAUAUGCUGGUUGCCUCUAAAAUAAUUUCCACCAGUUUCUCUACUCCACCUCUUCCAUUUCAAUUUUUUUGCAAUUAAUCUAGCUACUCUUGUCUUGUAGUCUCCACUACAUUUGUAAUAAUCUGAUAUCUAUUAUGUCAUGGUUAGUUGUAUGCAUCUUUGACUUUUUCUUUUUCCUAGUGUAGCAUGUUUAUGUGUUGAAUGAGAUGAGAUUUUAGUGUCGUGCAAUUUUUUGAAUUUGAGGCUUACAUUUUCUUCCUCGAGGCAGUGUAUUUUAAUUUUUAUUCAUGAGGACUUUAUUUUAUGAUAAUUGUAAAAAUGACCCCAUCUUUGACUUUUUGCUAA